AUGGCAGACAGGAAUGCUGCUACUGCCAAAUCAAGUCGUGAUUUAUUCACAUCCUCUGCCAAUCUUGGCACACAUGAGGAGUCCAAAAAGAAGGCUGCCCUGGCUGCUGCUGUCGAGAAGAAGAGAGCAUCUCUUGAUGCGCGCCACCGAUAUCUAUUAGAAAAGUUCUCGGCUUUCUGUGAUGUUAAAAUCGCAGACCUGGAAAACAGUCUAUUAUUGGGUGCCAAGUUGGAUAUUCUGAAUGACUUUUUGAACGAGGGUGGAAGUCGCAAGGUUUUGUUUUUUUGGCAACCUCCACCACUUGGAAAGGGUGAAGAUGCUACAACCCUACCGAAAGGUGCUGCUCGAACACCACAACUUAUAGUCACCAAUGGAACCAAGGACGGUUUAAACGGUCCUGGAUGCUACUUUAUACGGCCAAACACCAAGGCCAUCACUCUACAAUCUAUAUAUACAGAUGUCGCAUUUGGUCCACUAUCCGCUUCCAUACUACCAUCACUCACAACCGUGGUCAAACAUGUCGUUAUGCCGGCACUCAAGGCUCAGGAGAGUUGGGGUGUCUUAUCACGAUCAAAAGACGAAUCCGUCCGCACUUUUAUGGAAGUGUUGGAACGCUUUGUUACGGAUUUGGAUGUAGCUAUGAUCAAUCUCCAUGAUUCGGUUCAACUCAACCCAUGUAGUGUUGAUUUGGCUGCGUACAGUAAACCUGGAGACUAUGGAAAUGCCACGCACGAUCCAGAGCUCGUUGGUGGUCUCGAAGGUCUUGUCACUGAAUGGUGCAAGCAAAUCGAGCAGGUUUUGACUGAAUCCGAACAAAUGCGAAAGGAAGCCGACGAUAUUGGUCCUAACGCUGAAUUGGCCCAUUGGAAGGCCCGAAUGAUUAAAUUUAAUUCCAUUACCGACCAGCUGAAAUCCCCACAGUGUCAAAAAGUGGUCGGAAUCCUCACAGCUAUUAAAUCCAAGGCUCUGCUCAAGACCUGGAAGGAUUUAGAUAAUCGAGUCACGGAUGCGGCCAAUGAGUCCAAGGACAAUGUCAAGUAUUUGUACACCUUGGAACGAUUCUGUGAUCCUCUAUACAGCAGUGAUCCAGUCGGCAUGAUCCCUGCCAUACCUGGUCUCAUAAACGCCAUCAAGAUGAUUUACUCCAUCUCCCGAUAUUACAACACAUCUGAACGAAUGACUUCACUCUUUGUCAAAAUCACCAAUCAAAUGAUUACCAGCUGUAAAGAGUAUAUCUACAAGGAAGUUGGCACCAAACUUUGGGAUCAAGAUCGUGCUCAGCUUGUUCGUAAGCUGACGGAAUGUGUCAAGCUGAACGAGGCCUACCAGAAUUGCUUCCAUGAGACCAAGAGGAAACUUCAAGAGACUCCAUCCGAAAAGCAGUUCGACUUUUCGGAAAUGUAUAUAUUCGGCAAGUUUGAUGCUUUCUGUAAACGUAUUCAAAAAGUAGUAGAUAUGUUUGGUAUCAUGGAGAAGUUCUCCACUUUGGAAAGGCUGGGUGUCGAAGGCAUGGACACCAUCUCCAAACGCUUUAGCAACAUCAUGUCAAAUAUGCAGCGCAAGCCAUAUGACCUGUUAGAUCAUCGAAAGAUGGAAUACGACUCAGAUUACAACGUAUUCAAGAAACAAAUCUCGGAUUUGGAAAGCGAUUUGCAACGAUUUAUCGACUCAUCAUUCGACCACAUAUCGAGCACGGAGCAAUCUCUUGCUCUUCUAUCUAAAUUCGGCCAGAUCCGUGGUAUGCAACUGGAUCUCGAGUCGAAAUACCAAGCCGUAUUUGUCCACUACACUCGCCGAGAUUUGGAAGGUGUCCGUAAAUUAUACCAACGAUGCAAGGACUCUCCACCAAUACCGCGUAAUACACCACCAGUGUCUGGUGCCAUAGCCUGGGCUCGACAACUGUAUCGCCGUAUCGAAAACCCAAUGAAGCACUUCAAGGCGUUCACCCACGUCUUGGAGACUGCCGAAGCAAAGAAGCACAUCCGAAACUAUAAUCGUUUGGCUCGUGCUUUAAUCGAAUUUGAAUUACUCUGGUAUAGGUCUUGGUAUUCCAUAGUAGACCAGGCUAAAACAGGAUUGCAGGCAACCCUCUUUGUCGCUGAUCCAGAAGGUAAUCUAUAUGUAAACUUUGAUCCCCAGAUUGGCCAGCUUAUCCGAGAAACGAGGUGUAUGCAGAGGCUUGGAUUGGAAGUGCCCGACGCUGUUCGUGGUGUCUGUCUCAAGCAAAUGUACUACAAGUCUCUAUCAAACACUCUUCAGCAUAUACUUCAACGUAAACGGGCCGUCUUGGAACGUGUAUCUACCAUACUUCGAAAAGCUAUGGGACCACAUAUAGACCAACUCGAUCGUACUCUUCAGCCUGGUCUUACGGCACUGACAUGGACGUCAGUCAAUCUGGACCACUAUGUCAACAACAAUCUCGCGCAGUUAGCCAAGAUUGAAGAAUUGGUUGACAAGUUACUGGAUAUAGUAGAGUGCCGUAUAGAAGCCGGAGUUCGCAAGAUUGCUGAGAUGCAGUUAUGUGAAGUGCCUCUCGAAACUGAGCAAUGGACUGUAGAUGUGUUUACGGAACGCACAGAGAAGCGAUGUGCUGCUGUGUCGUCUCAAAUAGUAACCAGAUCCAACUUGAUUGAGUCUGCCGCUCGAGACUUGAUAACUGAGCUCGGCAAAGGUGCUCCAAUGCCAUGGCCUCAAGAGUUGAAGCUGGCGUUUGAGGCCGUCUACUUCCGCUUCAACGACCAGAACUUUGAAGCGUUGGCUCAAUGCACAAAAGGAUCAUUAGAUUUGCUACGAUCACGUAUUGGAAACUACACCAGUGCCCAAUAUAGUAAAACAUCUAAUCAACGACCCUUCUUUAAGGCCGAACUGGUCUUGAUAAUACCAUCCGUAGUCUUGCAGCCUAAACUGGAAGACAUCCAAGGCACUCUAAAUCGAGUUGCCAGUAUGAUUGUAGAUGUCUCGAAGAAGCUCCAGCUGAACUGGAGGGUGUUUUUAGAUGCUCCAGAAGACGCUGCUGUCGCUCACCAUCCAGAAGACACAUCUCAGGUCGCCAACAACAAGGAUGUGCUCAAGGUCUUGUUGACCUUAUCAUCUUUACUCAACUCUAUGCGUAAAGAGGUCGAAGCCCACCGUGAACAAUUUGUAAAAUACGACUUUUUAUGGCGAGAAGACAAGGCCGAAACAGUCAAGAACUUUUUGGCUGGUAAUCCCACUAUAGGUGAUUUCGAGAAUGAAAUCAACCGAUAUGAAUACGUUGAAAAGGAGAUUGCUGAAAUACCGGCUUCAACACAGAUUGGAUUCUUGCUGAUCUCUGCAGACCCAUUAAAGACUGCCUUGUUUAGUGAAAUCAAGGAGUGGAAGCAAUCAUAUGGUGCUAAUCUCAACCGUAAAGUCAAAUCCGAUAUGGAAUCGUUAAUCGAGUACAUGGCUGACAAGACUGUACGAUUGUCACGUAAAAUAUCCGAUAUUGAUGACCUACGAAUGGGUGUCCAGACUCUGUCAGAGAUACGUGAAGCUGAGGUGGAUAUUGAUAUGAAGGUGCAGCCUAUAGAGGAGGCUUACCAGCUAUUGGCUCGUCAAUCCGUGACUGUUACUCGUGAAGAAACGGAAAUGGUAGACUCUCUACGAUACUCGUGGCGCAAACUCAAGCAGUUGGUCAUUGAGGUCCAAGAGAACUUGAAUAAAAUACAGCCUGUCUUUAAAGCUGAUCUCAUUGGCUCUGUGCAGCGAUUUGCACAAGAUGUCAAGGAGUUUACUGCUGACUAUAACGAGAAUGGUCCUAUGGUUGCCAAUAUCCCACCAAAGACUGCUUCCGAACGACUCAAUGUAUUCCAACGUGGAUUUGAUGAACUCAACCGUAAAUGGGAAACAUAUAGUGCUGGAGAAGAGCUCUUCUCGCUACCCGUAACACCCUUCCCGUCAUUGGUAAAGAUAAAGAAGGAACUCAAGUUGCUCCAAAACUUGUACUCGCUUUAUAAUGAUGUAUUAGAGAAACGAGCCAUUUAUGCUGAAACUCUAUGGACGGAUGUCGACAUUGAAAAGAUUAAUGCCGAUAUGGUCGACUUUGGUAACAAGGUGAAAAAGUUACCAAAGGCCAUCAAAGAUUGGGAUGCCUUUAUGGAGCUCAAGAAUAUUAUUGAUGACUGGACCAACACCGUACCAUUAUGGGAAAUGAUGAGACAUAAAGCUAUGCAGACUCGUCAUUGGGAUCAGAUCAUGGCAUUGACCAAGACGCAAUUCAACUUGGAUCCGGAAGUGUUUUACUUGAAACAACUAAUGGAAGCCCCACUUCUUGCUCAUCGAGAAGAUAUAGAAGAUAUAUGUACAGCUGCUGUCAAGGAAGCUGAUAUCGAAGUCAAGUUACGAGCUACAGUAGCUGAAUGGGAAGACAAGAUCUUCACAAUGGGAGCAUUCAAGACUCGUGGUAAUUUGAUCUUGAAACCGUCUGGAACAUCUGAAAUUAUCUCUCAGAUGGAGGAUUCUCUGAUGACGCUGGCGUCACUCAUGUCCAACAGAUAUAAUGCUCCAUUCAAACCUGAGAUCCAGACUUGGGUACACCACUUGUCGACAGCCAGUGAAGUUAUAGAGAACUGGUUGGGUGUACAGAAUCUGUGGAUUUAUCUUGAAGCUGUAUUCGUUGGUGGUGAUAUCGCCAAGCAGAUGCCAAAGGAAGCCAAACGAUUCAGCAACAUUGACAAAUCGUGGUGUAAAAUCAUGGGUCUUGCCAACGAAGAUCCAAAUGUAAUCAAGCGUUGUGUGUUGGAUGAAACCAUCGCCAACUUGUUACCGCACUUGACUGAACAGCUGGAACUUUGUCAAAAGUCCCUAUCAGGUUAUCUAGAAUCCAAACGUGCCAUAUUCCCUCGUUUCUUCUUCGUGUCAGAUCCAGCUCUACUUGAAAUCUUGGGUCAAGCAUCCGACUCUCAUACCAUUCAAGCACAUCUUAAAUCCGUGUUUGAUAACGUGAAUGCUGUUCAAUUCCAUGAAAAGGAAUACGACAAGAUAAUGGCGCUCGAAUCAUCUGAAGGCGAACGAGUUGCUCUGUCACGACCGGUUUUAGCUCAAGGAAACGUCGAAACGUGGUUGGGUCUGCUAUUGAAGGCUAUGCAGGUUUCUAUAAAUGAUGUUAUCCGAGAAGCUGCAUCACGUAUGAAUGAUAUGCCACUACAAAAGUUUUUGGAUGACUUCCCAGCUCAAAUCGGUUUGCUCUGUCUGCAAAUCAUGUGGACGCAAAUGAGUGAGGAAGCCAUUAUAGCUUCUAAAACCGAUAAAAAACGCAUGACUGUCACGAACAACAAAGUUACAGAAAUCCUCAACUUGUUGAUUGAUGUGACGACAAAGGAGCUGUCAAAGAUGGAUCGAGUAAAAUAUGAAACGUUUAUUACCAUCCAAGUUCAUCACAAGGACGUGUUUGAAAAGCUAUUGAAAUCACACGUCAAGGUUACCGAUGAUUUUGAAUGGUUGAAGCAGGCACGAUUCUAUUGGCAAGAGACCAAGGACUGCUGUGUUGCUUCUAUUACCAACUUUGACUUUAGAUACCAAUGCGAAUACUUGGGUUGUACCGAUCGUCUAGUCAUAACGCCCUUAACAGAUCGUUGUUAUAUUACGCUGGCCCAGGCUCUUGGUAUGUCGUUGGGAGGCUCUCCAGCAGGUCCCGCUGGAACUGGUAAAACAGAGUCCGUCAAGGAUUUGGGUAAAAACUUGGGUAAAUGGGUCGUCGUAUUCAAUUGCUCUGAUCAAAUGGAUUAUCGUGGUCUUGGACGUAUCUUCAAAGGUCUUGCACAAUCUGGAUGUUGGGGUUGUUUCGACGAGUUCAAUCGUAUUGAACUUCCAGUAUUGUCUGUGGCAGCACAACAGAUUGGUUGUGUCUUCUCCGCACGUAAAGAACGUAAACCUAGCUUUGUCUUCACUGAUGGUGAUACUGUAGAGCUCAAUCCUGAAGUCGGUAUGUUUAUUACCAUGAAUCCCGGUUAUGCUGGUCGUGUCGAAUUGCCAGAAAACUUGAAGGUACACUUCAGAUAUGUAGCCAUGAUGGUGCCGGAUCGACAGAUUAUUAUGAGGGUCAAGCUGGCUGGUUGCGGUUUUAUAAACAACAUCAUCCUCGCCAAGAAAUUCUUUGUGCUCUACCGACUUUGCGAAGAGCAACUGUCUAAACAGGUUCACUACGAUUUCGGUCUCCGUAAUAUUUUAUCAGUAUUACGUACCAGUGGAUCAGUAAAACGUGGUAACCCAGAUCAAGCUGAAAAUAUUGUCAUUAUGAGAGUAUUGCGUGACAUGAACUUGUCGAAAUUGGUGGAUGAGGACGAAGCACUCUUCUUGUCUCUAGUAAAUGACUUGUUCCCUGGUUUGAAUGCUGCCAAGGGAAGUUAUCCACAGAUGGAGCAAGCUGUUGAUCAACAACUUGCUGAGGUCAAUCUCAUCUCACAUCCUCCUUGGACACUUAAAGUCAUCCAGUUAUACGAAACUUGUCGUGUACGUCACGGUCUGAUGAUUUUGGGACCUACUGGAACUGGAAAGACCAAGUGUAUAAACGCUCUACUCAAAGCAAACAGUGCUUGUGGUGAUCCACACAAGGAACUACGUAUGAAUCCCAAAGCUAUCACAGAUUACCAAAUGUUUGGACGUCUCGAUGUAGCUACCAACGAUUGGACUGAUGGUAUCUUCUCAUCGCUUUGGAGAAAGACAUUGAAGAAGAAAGGUGAAACUGUAUGGAUUAUAUUGGAUGGUCCUGUCGAUGCCGUCUGGAUUGAAAACUUGAAUUCCGUAUUGGAUGAUAACAAGUGUCUGACUCUUGCCAACGGUGAUCGUAUUCCUAUGUCUCCAGCCUGUAAAUUGAUGUUUGAGGUAGACUCACUUCGUAACGCUUCGCCCGCUACCGUAUCACGUUGUGGUAUGAUCUAUAUUGGUAUCACUGCUUUGACUUGGGAUAUUGUUCUUCAGUCAUGGUUGAAGAGUCGACCACAAUCGGAAGUAGGAGUAUUAGAUAGUUUAUUCAAGGACUCGUUCAGCAAGGCUGUGGAGUACUUGAUGAUUGAACUAAAGCCAAAGAUGAUCAUCCCCAGCACUUCAUAUUUGACGAAUUUGACUGUAUUGUUAACUGGUCUGAUUCCCAAGGCAGACGCGAACAAGUCUACGGUAGCUGCUGAUCACCUCGAACGUUUGUAUAUCUUCUGUCUCUUCUGGAGUAUUGGUGCGCUUCUGGAACUGGAUGAACGAAAGAAGCUGCAAGUCUUCAUGAUGGAUAAGGCAUCCAACUUGAAAUACCCACCAUUAGAUCCAUCGUCAGCCGAUACCAUAUACGAAUACUUUGUAAACGAGUCUGGCCAGUGGUCUCAUUGGCGAAACAAGGUGCCAAACUGGACAUACCCUGCAGAUACCACUCCCGAAUUUUCGUCUAUUAUUAUCCCAACUGUAGAUAACGUGCGACUUGAAUUCUUGAUGGAGACUGUACUUCGUCAAGGCAAAUCAGCUCUUCUUAUCGGGGAGCCUGGUACUGCCAAGACCGUCACCAUCCGUAAAUACUUGGCCAAGUUGAAUCCAGACACGCAUCUAAACAAGGUCUUGUCCUUCUCUUCUGCUACUACACCCAUGAUAUUCCAACGUACUGUAGAAAGUUACUUGGAUAAACGCAUGGGUUCAACUUAUGGUCCACCAGCUGGAAAGAAGAUGAUUCUGUUUAUUGAUGAUAUCAAUAUGCCUGAAAUCAAUGAAUGGGGUGACCAAGUCACUGCAGAGCUGCUUCGUCAACUUAUGGAAUGGCAAGGAUUCUACUCCUUGGAUCGUCCUGGUGAUUGGACUGGUGUCGUUGACUUACAGUUCAGUGGUGCUAUGAUGCAUCCUGGAGGUGGUCGUAAUGAUAUUCCAGCUCGUCUAAAACGUCAAUUCCUAAUCUUCAACUGUACCAUUCCGUCCGAAGCUUCAGUCGACAAGAUUUUCGGCACCAUGUUGGAAGGUCACUUUAACGGUGCACGUGGAUUCCCUGAAGAAGUAAUUCAGAUGGCUGCCAAACUCCCUGGAUUAACUCGUCGCUUAUGGCAAAUGACCAAGAUAAAGAUGUUGCCCACUCCCGCUAAAUUCCAUUAUAUUUUCAACUUGCGUGAUUUGAGUCGCAUUGUUGAGGGUAUGUUGGUGUCUAAAUCCGAGGUUAUCAACAAUAGCAAGGUCAUGAUUAAUCUAUGGGAGCAUGAGUGCUCUCGAGUUAUUCCUGAUCGAUUCGUUAACAGCGACGACACGGAUUGGUUUGCCAAGACCAUGGUAAAUCUAGUACAGAAGGAAUUAGGUGAUGACUUUGGACAAGCUGUCGCUACAAAGAGCUUGUUUGUCGACUUUUUACGUGACAUGCCCGAAAACGACGACCCUGAAGUCGAAAUUGAUCCCGAAAGUAUCAAGGUCUACGAAAAAGUGCCAUCAUUCGACUUUUUGCGAACCAAGUUGGCCGACUAUAUGCGCCAAUAUAAUGAAACAGUCCGAGGAUCCAAGAUGGAUUUGGUAUUGUUUGAGGACGCUAUGAGGCAUAUUGUCCGUAUAUCUCGUAUAAUCCGAACAGCCCGUGGUAAUGCUCUUCUAGUCGGUGUUGGAGGAUCUGGUAAACAGUCUCUUACCAAGCUGGCUGCAUUUAUUGCCAAGUCUCAAGUCUUCCAAAUUCAGAUCUCAAAGAGUUACAAUACUACGAAUCUGAUGGAAGACUUGAAGAAUAUGUACAAGACCGCUGGUGCAUUAGGUAAAUCAAUGACCUUCAUCUUCACCGAUAACGAAGUCAAGGAUGAAGGCUUCUUGGGUUACAUCAACAACAUCUUGACAUCUGGUGAAGUCACAAAUCUGUUUGCAAAGGAUGAAAUCAUAUCUAUAGGCUCAGAUUUACGAGGUGCUUUGAAGAAGGCUCGUCCACAAGUUAUAGAUACCAUUGAAAACUUGUGGGCCUUCUUCAUUGAUCGUGUCAAGGCCAACCUCCAUGUAGUGCUUUGCUUCUCACCUGUCGGUGAUAAAUUCCGUAACCGAUCGUUGAAAUUCCCAGGUCUGAUCUCUGGUUGUACUAUGGAUUGGUUUAAUCGAUGGCCUAAUGAAGCGUUGAGAGCUGUAGCUGAGAAAUUCUUGGGAGAAGUAGAAAUAGUUAGUACCGAACAAGUCAGGAAGGAAGUCGUACACCAUAUGGCCUUUGUCCACGAUCUCGUGGCUGGUGCUUGUGAUGCCUACUUUACUCAAUUUCGUCGUCGUACCCACGUAACUCCCAAGUCUUACCUGUCCUUCUUGAACUCGUACAAGUCAUUGUAUACACAGAAACGUAAAGAAGUCGGCAUUCUCGCUGAUCGUAUGAAUAUGGGUCUGGCCAAGUUAGUAGAAGCAUCCAAGGCCGUUGCUGUAUUGCAAGAUGAAUUGGUCGUAAAAGAAAAGGAUUUGGCUGUCGCAUCUAAGGCCGCUGAUGCUGUAUUGGCAGAUGUAACAGCCUCCACCGCAGCUGCUGAACACGUCAAGGACGCUGUGCUCAAAGUAAAGACCAAGGCCGAAGCUAUUGCUAACGCCAUUAAAGCCGAUAAAACCAUCGCUGAAGGUCAAUUGGAGGCUGCCAAACCGGCUUUAGAAGAAGCUGCCAAUGCUUUGAACUCGAUUCAGCCCGGUCAUAUUGCUACCGUGCGUAAACUGGCCAAACCACCUCACUUGGUUAUGCGUAUUAUGGACGGUGUCAUCCUGUUGAUGAAACGUAAAAUUGAUCCAGUCACCCAGGAUCCAGAAAGACCAUGUUGUAAACCGUCUUGGUCUGAAUCUCUCAAGCUCAUGUCAGCUUCUGACUUUUUAUCGUCGCUCAUGAACUUUGGUAAAGAUGAAAUCAAUGGUGAAACUGUCGAAUUAUUAGAACCAUAUAUUGAAAUGCCUGACUUCAACUUGGAGGGCGCAAAGAAGGUGUCUGCUGAUGUUGCCGGUCUGACGUCUUGGGUCAGAGCUAUGGCCUUCUACUAUGGAAUCAACAAGCGUGUCAUUCCCCUCAAGGCCAACUUGAUUAUUCAAGAAUAUAAAUUGUCGCUUGCUCAAGGCGACUUGAACAAGGCUCAAUCGCAGUUGGACGAAAAGCAAGCAGAAUUGGAUGUAUUCCAAGCCAAGUAUAAUGAAGCUAUUGGCAAUAAACAAAUGCUGCAAGCCAACGCCGAUUCUUGUAAACGAAAGAUGGUUGCCGCCACCGCUCUCAUUACUGGUUUGAAGGGUGAAAAGGAUCGAUGGACUAUUCAGUCGAAAGAGUUCGCUGAAAAGAUCCAACGUCUUGUCGGUGAUGUCAUUCUAGCUGUGGGAUUCUUGUCGUACUCUGGUCCAUUCAACAACUCCUUCCGAGUGCAGCUCAUGAGUGACUGGAAGAAGGAAUUAGUACGAAGAAAGAUUCCUAAUACUGACGAUCUGGAUAUUAUUGGGCUAUUGGUUGAUAACACCACUGUCGGCGAAUGGAAUAUUCAAGGUUUACCCACCGACGAACUGUCAACUCAGAACGGUAUUAUAGUCACGAAAGGUACGCGAUACCCGCUACUCAUAGAUCCACAGACGCAAGGCAAAGCUUGGAUUAAAUCUCGUGAAGCCAACAACAAAUUGCAAAUCACCACUCUGGGACAUAAAUACUUCCGUCAACACGUAGAAGACUGUAUCUCCCAAGGUCGUCCAAUUCUGAUUGAAGAUGUAGAAGAGACGCUGGAUCCAACUCUCGACAACAUCCUCGAAAAGAACUUGAUCAAGGCGGGUCGUGGUUACAAAGUAAUUAUGGGUGAUAAAGAAAUCGAUUGGAUGGACGGCUUCCAAGUCUUUAUUACCACGAAAUUAGCCAAUCCCAACUACACCCCCGAAAUCUAUGCUAAAUGCUCUAUUAUUGACUUUACUGUAACAUCAAAGGGUCUUGAAGAGCAAUUGCUGGGUCGUGUCAUUAUGAGAGAAAAGCAAGAACUCGAAACUGAACGAGCCAAAUUGAUGGAGGAAGUCAACUCCAAUAAAAAGAAGAUGAAGAAGCUCGAAGACGACUUGCUCGAGCGUCUUACCUCCACUCAAGGCUCUCUUGUAGAUGAUGAGUCUCUUAUCGAGGUGUUGGCUGUAACCAAGGUCACAGCAGAAGAAGUCAAUGAAAAGUUGGUAAUUGCUGCUGAGACUCAAAAGAAGAUUGGUGUUGCUCGUGAAGAAUAUAGACCUGUAGCUACUCGAGGUAGUAUCAUUUACUUCUUGAUUGCUGAAAUGUCUAUGGUCAACCCCAUGUAUCAAAUCUCUCUACGUCAAUUCUUGCAACUCUUUGACGAAUCUAUGGAAAAGAGUGCUCAAUCACCCAUCCCUAGUAAACGUAUCCAGAACAUCAUCGAAUACUGUACCUUCCGGGCCUUUGUAUAUGUAUCUCGUGGUCUUUACGAAAUCCAUAAAGUCAUGUUUGUAUUGCUAUUGGCACUGAAGAUCGACAUCCAAGGCAAUAAGAUCUCGCACGAAGAAUUUAGAUGCUUCAUUAAGGGUGGUGCUGCUCUAGAUAUCAACGCUGUAGCCAAGAAGCCCUUCAACUGGAUUCCCGAUAUGACAUGGUUGAACCUGGUUGCUCUCAGCAAAAUGCCAGGUUUAGGAGACGUUCUCAACCAAGUCACAAAGAAUGAAAAGGCUUGGAGAGCAUGGUAUGAAAAGGAUGCUCCUGAGAACGAUGUGAUUCCAGCUGGUUACCAUACAUCUCUUGAUACCUUCCGUCGCCUCUUAUUGCUACGAUCAUGGUGUCUGGAUCGAUCUGUAAUGAUGGCCAAGCAGUAUAUAGCUUCAUCGCUUGGUAACAAGUAUGCCGAAUCUCAGGUCUUGGACUUGGACGUAUUAUUAAGUGAAUCAGAUGAACGAACACCCAUGAUUUGUCUCUUGUCCCAAGGUUCAGAUCCAUCCGCCGACAUAGAAAACUUGUCAAAGAAACACAAGAUUGAUAUUAAAGCUAUAUCUAUGGGUCAAGGUCAGGAAGUCCAUGCUCGUAAAUUGCUAUCUACAUUUAUGGUACAGGGUGGAUGGGCCUUGUUACAGAACUGUCACUUGGGUCUGCCAUUCAUGGACGAAUUGCUAAAUACCAUAACAGAGACAGAAUCAAUCUCUGAUAAAUUCCGUUUAUGGAUUACCACCGACGUCACCUCUAAAUUCCCAAUCACCUUCUUGCAAAUGUCGAUCAAGUUUACCAACGAACCUCCUCAAGGUAUAAAGGCAGGUUUGAAACGAACGUAUAAUUGGUUUACUCAGGAUAUGCUGGAUAUGUCAAAUCGUCCUCAGUAUAAACCACUACUGUACGGACUGGCCUUUUUGCACUCUGUCGUGCAAGAACGACGUAAAUUCGGUCCAUUGGGCUGGAACAUUCCAUAUGAAUUCAACCAGUCUGAUUUGGCUGCUUCAGUGCAGUUUGUACAAAACCACGUAGAUGAAUUGGCUCCUAAAGCUCCCAUCUCAUGGCAAACAGCUCGAUACAUGUUCUGUGAGGUGCACUAUGGUGGUCGUGUUACUGAUGACUUUGAUAGGCAAGUGCUGUUACGUCUCCUUACUACUUACGGAAAAGUUUGGUUUGGUGACCAUAUGUUUGAAGAGACCUUCUGCUUCUACAAGGGAUACAACAUUCCAAACCUCAAGAGUGUUGACGAGUACAGAGGAUCCAUUGAGAACUUGCCACUGAUUGACACUCCCGACGCAUUUGGUCUUCAUCCUAAUGCUGAUAUCUCUUGUCAAACCAAGGUGUCUCAAGGAAUGCUUGACACCAUCUUGUCCAUUCAACCAAAGGACAGUAACACUGGUUCUGGUGAAACUCGUGAAGACGCAGUGAAACGAUUAUCCAACGACUUGUUGUCUAAACUACCCGAAGACUUUGACAAGAACAAGACGAGGAUCGCUCUUCAAAAGCAGGGUUCUAUGAAACCUCUCAGUAUCUUCUUGGGCCAAGAAAUCGACAGAAUGCAAAUCGUAAUCAGUCUUGUCAGAUCCACACUAGUUAACUUGAAGUUGGCUAUUGAUGGUACCAUUAUCUUGAAUGCUGGACUUCAACAAGCUCUAGAUGCUAUAUACGAUGCACGAGUACCAGACUCAUGGGCCAAAGUAUCUUGGCAAUCAUCAACCUUUGGUCUAUGGUUUUCGGAAUUGCUUAAUCGAGUGGUACAAUUCCAGACAUGGUUGGCUGAAGGUCGACCCAAUGUCUUCUGGUUGCCUGGAUUUUUCAAUCCUCAAGGUUUCUUGACUGCCAUCAGACAAGAAAUUACUCGUGCUCACAGUGCACAAGGUUGGGCUUUGGAUAACGUCAGACUCACAUCUGAAGUCAUGAAACAAAUGAAGGAAGACAUAACAGCACCACCUAGCGAAGGUGUUUACAUUUAUGGUCUCUUCAUUGAAGGUGCUGGAUGGGAUCGAAAGAAUAUUCGAUUGACAGAAUCGCAGCCCAAAGUCAUUUAUCAAGCCAUGCCCGUCAUUCAUAUCAGUGCUAUUAACUCGAAUGAUGAUCCUGAUCCUAAAUUGUACAGAUGUCCUGUGUACAAGAGACCAAGACGAACAGAUUUGAACUACAUCUUUGAUGUUGAACUCAAGACCAAUACAAACCCAGACUAUUGGAUUUUGCGUGGUGUUGCUCUCCUUUGCGCCACUUCUUAA